AUGUUACAAUUAAAAUCUAAGAAAGAAUUCUUUAAUGUUCUUGAGCAAGCAGAAGAUGAUAGUAGUAUGAUUGUUGUUGAUUUUUUUGAUAAAUGUGGUCAUUGUAAAGAAAUGAAUCAUCAAUUAGAUGAAUUUCAGUAUCAAUAUAGAAAGAGAAAUGUUAAAUUCUUUAAAGUUAAUAUUGAUGAAGAUGAUCAAUUAGCAAGUGAUUAUAUUAUAACGUCUAUACCAACUACCCUAUUCUUUAAAGACGGUAAAUUGGUUAAUAAAGUUGUUGGUGCAAGACCUGAUCAAGUCAGAAAUAUACUUGAAACUGAAGAUUGA